AUGGAAUCAUCCUCCUCGCAGGGCCCCUCCGCCCGCAACUCCCCCAACGCGGAUCCCAGCACAAGCAACCUGCCUCUUCGACCAGGCAAACGCACCCAAUCAUCCGACUCUGCCUCUACAGCUCAACACACCCCGAUCCCCGAUGACAAGCAUGGCGCAGACCUGCCCAUGAACCUGUCCGCCUCUGUGGUCUUGACCAGUCUACCCCGCGACGCCCACCAAGCAUUGGCGGAUGCAGAAGCCGUGGACACAGGCAAAGUCACGGUCCGAUUCCAACCUCUACCGUCGGCCCCGAUCCUCAAAACCCGAGUGUUCAAGGUCAGUGCUUCGCAGAAGUUCGAGACCGUCGUCAACUUCCUCCGGAAGCGGCUGGAUUGCAAGGAGACGGAUUCGGUCUUCUGCUAUGUCAAUAGCGUCUUUGCGCCGGGGUUGGAUGAAGGGAUCGGGGGGUUGUGGAGGUGCUUCAAGACGGAUGAGCAGCUCAUUGUUGCUUAUUCGAUGACGCCCGCUUUUGGGUAG